AAAAAGAAAGAUAGACUUUAGGCUCCUCUCUCUAUCUCUAUCUCCAUAACAUUACAAAAAACUAGAGAACAAAAGUCUUUAUACUCGCACACUCUCUCUCCAAACUAUAGUUAGCUAAUGUGAUUAUUGGAGAGAGAGAAAAAAAGAAAUGAGAGAGUGAGAGGCAGAGAGGAACCCACCUCAGUUUCGCUUUCCAAACGAGGAGAGAGAAAGAGAAAGAGAAAGAGAGAGAGAGAGAGAGAGAGUGAAGGAAGGGGAUAAAAGAAGCUCAGAAGAAGCCAGCAGUAGCAGAAGCGGAAGAAGGAAGAGAAGAAGAUUGAUGAUGUUGAUAAUGAUGAGAGAGAAAGGUCGGCAGCAACAAUAACCACUAGAGGGCAGCUCCCUGUCCAGUCUUCAAGACUACCCCCCAACAGAUGCAACACAGAGAAGCAAAGAUAGAGCAUAUAGAGAGACAGGGAAAGAAUAUAUAAUCAACGAUUACCGGCAGUUGUGGCUACCACAAGGAGACUCCCGUCGGAUUCCGGCGCAUUCGCAGACUGGGUAGCCUCGUCCUCCUCCGCCGGCGUCCGAGCCACAGAUCAGGACCUCUCCCUCGGAUUCAAUUCCCCCGCCCCCGGACCCGCGUCCGGGGGCGGAAUGUGGCCCCCGUCCUCCUCCUCGGCUCGCCAGAUCAACUACGGCCUCCCUCCGGAGAUGGGGAUGGUGGGCCACCUCCGCGACGUCUUCGUUGUGGCCCCCGCCUCCUCCUUCCACCACCAUCACCACCACCACCAAGACGCCGCUUCCGCCGAUCCCAACGCCCAACUGGGCGUUGGGGUCGGAGUCAUCCCGCUCCUCAACAUGGGAGGAGUCGAUCAGGACGAUUAUUACAACAGCAGCAACCGAGGCAGGAAUAACAAUACAGGAAUUCAACCAAUUCAUCAGUUCUGGCAGCAGGCGACUCCACAAUCUCAAAACUCGAAUUACCUCAAAAAACCCAUGUUGCUUGACCAAACUACCCCUCAGAACCUACUCCAAGGUGGUGCCGGGAUUGGAAGCGGGAGCGGAGGGUCCAGUUCGACGGCCACGUGCCAAGACUGUGGCAACCAGGCCAAGAAAGACUGUAGCCAUAGGAGGUGUAGGACUUGUUGCAAGAGUAGAGCGUUUGAUUGUGCCACCCACGUGAAGAGCACGUGGGUGCCGGCGGCUAGGCGGAGGGAGCGGCAGCUGAUGGCGGCGGCCAGCGGGCCGACGGCGGGUUCGUCGGGGUCGACUUCUGGGACUAAGAAACCUAGGCUCAUUACUUCCCAAACUACUACUACUUCUCAUACCUCGGCUUCUAAUACUCCUCCCAGAAGCUUUGAUACUAGUUCUAGUCACCAAGAUGCAAGUUUUAAAGAGGGAUUGCCGAGCCAAGUCCGAGCCCCGGCGGUGUUCAAGUGUGUUCGAGUCACCGCCGUGGAUGAGGGAGAUGACGAAUACGCAUAUCAAGCCGUGGUAAAAAUUGGCGGUCACGUCUUCAAAGGGUUUUUAUACGAUCAAGGGGCCGAAGGAAGGGAAGAAUUUCCCAAUAUUUCCGAGCUGCAUUUGGGUGGUGGUGGCGGCGGUGGAGGGAGGAAUGGGGCUUCGUCCUCGUCUCCAAUCAUCGAUGCUGACGUUUACGCGGCUUCCGGUGGUGGAAUGCUCGGAGGUUCCGGCUAUGGUAACCAAAUAAACUGAUUAAGUAUUUCCAUAAUUUCUAGGGUCCAAGGCCAUGGUGCUAGAAGGCUCCUAAUUGCGGAAUUUACAUUAAUGUCGCCUAAUUAAUUCAAUUUCUGUCGCCUUAUUAUCAUUA